GACACCGGAUUCAAACUGUUAUGGCUGCAAUAAAUCUCAAGACUGUAUCCACCACUGCCAAACUGGAAGAAUGGGUCUCAGAUCCCCAAAACAGCCAGAAACUGAUUGAUGACCUGGAGAAGAAGCUCGCUCAGGGUGAAAUGGAGGGUCUGGAGGAUUAUCUGAAAGACAAGAAGCUGAAAAAGAGUCUGUGUCUCACUGCUGAUGACAUCGAUAAGAUUAGAAACAACGAUGAACUUGGGUGGUUCCUUGAUGUAAUGAAUGACGCUAAAGUCCCUAAAAGUUUACUGGAUUUGUUUUUUCAGAGGAACACAGACUACGACCCGUCAAAUCAUUUACAGGCGUGUGAGGUGGGAGAAGAACCCUCAGCCAGUAGUUCUGCACCUUCAGCUACGAACAAGGACAAUGAAAAGCUUAGAAGAAAGGAAGUGCAGGAGCGAGUUCUUGUGAAUUGGGCAAUGAAACAAUGUGAUGGGAGUGAGAAAGAGUUAAACAAGGUUUUUGAGGACAUCUCAAUUAAAAACGUGGUGGAACACAAAGAGUACUUAUUUCUUGUAGCUGAAAAUGUCAUGGUGUACAACAAACCACUGACUCAAGCACAGAAAAACCUCAUAACAAACAAGAAGAUACAAAUUGAUGAACGUAAAAUCCUGGUCAUCACUGAUGAGAAGAGAAACUUGGUCAGAAUGACGAAUCUGCUUCAUUAUCAGAUGUUUGUGAGCAACAUUCACACAACAUUCCUGUUAAGUUCUGAAGAACCUAAAGAGCAGCACAUCAAGUAUAACGAGACUCUGGUUCCUACCAAUCUGUGUCUCAGGUGCAUUUCAGAGGUUUUCCUCCCCGCUCUGGCCAUCUUCAAAAAAAUACAGAGAAAAGAGUUUUCACACCAGAAAACAAACGAGUAAUAAUAAACCUCAGUGAUCUCAGUUCAU